GCGGUCGUCGCCAAGAGCAUUCUCGUGGUGGCCAUACUCUCUUGCGGUUUGUAUGCAUACGACGUUGAAGUUGGCGUCAAAACCCGAUAUACCAUGCUGGUCUCAUGCCGACGGGCGCUGAGCACGCGGCCGUGGAGCCGCGCGCUCGGGUCGACGCAGCGCUAUGCGCCGAGCCUCUCGACGGACGACUAUUGCCGCAUGACGAUCGAGUCGCGCGCGUAUGACAUCGCCGUGACGACGCCGCUCAUGAAGGCGCACGCGAUGUCGGAAGCGCUUGGCAACACGAUCUUGCUCAAGCGCGAGGACAUGCAGCCCGUCUUCUCGUUCAAGAUCCGCGGCGCGUAUAACAAGAUGGCGCACUUGUCCACGGCAGCGCGCGACGCGGGCGUCGUUUGUUGCAGCGCCGGCAACCACGCGCAGGGCGUCGCGCUCUCGGCCAAGACGCUCAAGCUCCAUGCGACGAUCGUCAUGCCCCUCGCAACGCCCGAGAUCAAGGUCAAGGCCGUCCAGCAGCACGGUACGACGACGCAUCUCAUCUCGCAUGACAAGCGACUGCAAAUACAUUGUCAACUCAGGUGGCGACGCGGUCAAGAUCAUCUUACAUGGCAACAACUUUGACGAAGCGGCCGCCGAAGCGCGGCGCAUCGAGGCCGCCGAGGGCCGGACCAUGAUUCUGCCGUUCGACGACCCGCUCGUGAUUGCGGGCCAAGGCACGAUUGGGAUGGAAAUUUUGCAGCAAACCACAGGCAAGCCGCUCGAUGCCGUCUUUGUCUGCUGCGGCGGCGGUGGUAUGCUCGCGGGUGUCGCCAACUGGGUCAAGCACUUUCGGCCCAGCGUCAAGGUCAUUGGCGUCGAAGCGGCGGACGCGGCAGGCAUGACGGCGUCGCUCGCGGCAGGCAAGCGCGUCGAGCUCGACCAAGUUGGGCUGUUCGCGGAUGGCGCGGCCGUCAAGCUCGUGGGCGAGGAGACCUUUCGCAUCUGCCAAGCGCACGUCGACGAGAUGAUCACGGUGACGACCGACGACAUUUGCGCAGCGAUCAAAACGGGCUUCAACGACACGCGCGUCGUGCUCGAGCCCGCGGGGGCACUCGCGAUCGCCGGUGUCGACCGCUACAUCAAGGACAAGAAACUGCGCGGUGGCACCUACUGCGCGAUUACGUCUGGUGCCAAUAUGGACUUUACGCGGCUGCGCUUUGUCUCGGAGCGUGCCGACAGCGCCGAGACGCUCAUCUCUGUCAAGAUCGACGAGCGUCCCGGCGCCUUUGAGCGAUUGCACUCGUACAUGGACGCCGAGGGCGUCCGCAUCACCGAGUUUAGCUACCGCUACUCGGAGAAGGACAACGCGCACAUCUGCAUGUCGUUCCAGAGCCCGUCCCGCGAGCAGUCGGACAGCGUGCUCGCGCGGCUGAGCGGCGCCGGCUUUUCGGUCGAGGACCUCCGAGAGAACGAGCUCGCCAAGGUGCACGCACGGCACCUCGCGGGCGGCAAGAGCGUGCUCGUGGGCAACGAACGGCUCUUUCGCUUCGAGUUUGCCGACAAGCCUGGUGCGCUCAAGGCGUUCCUGACGCACAUGCACGGCGGGUCGACCUGGAACAUAUCGCUCUUCCACUAUCGGAAUCACGGCGCCGACAUUGGCCGCGUCCUCGUCGGCUUCCAAGUGCCUCCGGGGGACGAAGGGCGGUUUGGCGAGUACCUCCGCGCUGUCGCCUACCACCACGUCGACGAGACCGACAACCCCGUGUACAAGCAGUUCUUGGCCCGUAACGAGUAAGCUCUUAGUUGAAUAAUAUGUCGAAACAGCACACGAAAGGGUUUGAAACGCUGCA